AUGAGCAAUACAAAAAAGGAACGAGAAAGGCCGUAUUAUCGAGAUUUAGAUGAUCCCGAAUUCAUCAAAGAACUUCAACGUCCAGCUGUCAUUAAGGUUGGUUGAUUUUUGGCUUUUUCAGAGUUUUCCCUCUUCUUCUACUUCAAUUCUUCAUUGAUUAAAAAAAAUAAAUAAUUGCCCACAAAAAACUGGAAGUAAAAAAUGUAUGUUCCAAAAGGAGGAGCAAAAAUGAAUAAAAAUUGAGGAAAAUUAGAUUUCUUACGAAGAAAUUUGAUUUUAUUCAAAAAAUUAGAAGAGGGUGUCAUUUGUCUUACUUUCGCAGUGUUGAUUCGUUGUUUGGUACUGUGGUUUCAAUUUUCAGCUAUUUUUGGUAUACCACUUUUAUCAACUUUUAUCAAAAGAAAACAUUUAAAAAUAUCUUGUCCCCAAUUUUAGAUGUCUUCUGUCACCCAGUUUUUCGGUAAUAUAAUAAUUAUAGUAUUGUGAUGUAUAAUUCAAUAUUUUUUUCAUAAGUUUAGAGAGUUUCAUUUUUAUGACGAAAAUGGUUAAAAACAUGCUCAAAGCUUUCUCCAGAUUAACAUAACUGAAGCUUUAGAUAAAAAAAAUUUUGUAUCAGAAUUCUGAUUUUGUUUCCAGUUGUUCAGUUUUUAAAUGUUCACAUAAUUAUAGCCUGGGAAAGUAUACUUUUAAGUUUUUUUAGUGCAGAAAUCUGAUUUUUUCCUUCAAUAAUGUUCUGAUGUCUUUUUCGAAUUCCACCUAUUUUUUUUUAGUCACUUAGUUUCUUAAUUUCCACAUAAUUACACCCUAAUGAUAAAUUGUACUCUUAUACUGUUUUAAAAGAAAAAAAAUUGAUAUUUUCUUAUGAAAGUUACAAAUAAUAGAAGACAGACUUUUUGGAUGAGGAAUGUUAAAAAAUUGUUUGAAUUAAUCAAAUUAAGAAAAAUGGUUUUUUAUGUCCCGAGUAAUCUUGAGUAGGAUAUUCUUCAAAAGUUGAGUUAAUUUUGGAUGCUAAACUAUAGAAAAAUAUUUGUACCCAUAAAAACAUGUAAUGUUGAGCUUUGAAGCAUUGAGGCUGACUUUGAGGCUUUUAGUAAGGCUUUUAGUGUCGGUUCGUUUUGUUUUGGUAUAAUGAGAUAGGCUUUUGCUUUUAAGAUUUUGUGAUGCAAAUGAAUCCAAAGUAAGAGUAAUUUUUAGUGCUCUGGUUUUUUAGUCACCCAGUUUUUCUCAUUUUGAUUAUUGCCCAGAAACAUAUAUUUAAUUUUUUCUGAAAGUGCAACAAAAAUUGGUCUAAUACUGGCUGGAACUAUGUAUUCGAUACUUUUUUGGAAUAUCUUGAAUUCAUUUCAAAUGUUCACAUCUUUCUGUUUUUAAUUUUGGGAAAGACAAAAUAUUUCUUGCUUCGCUCUCCUUCCAAUUUCAUUUUCUUCAAACUUUACGAAGAUUUUUGAAGGUUAGAAGCCCAACUACAUUUUUUUUCGAACUUUUUCCCCUUAAUCAAUUUUUCUCAUGAAAGCCAAAAAAUAGAAACAAAAGUGUUGGCUCUCAACAUUUUCCUUUUCUGCUCCGAACAAUCCAAAUCCAUUUCAUUUCAUCGGAUUAGUGUCUCAUUCAAUAUGUUUUUUCUUUUUCUUUUUCUUCUUCUUCUUUUUUGCUGCAAUUUUUUAUGCUCCAUUCCCCCAAGAUUUAGUUGUCUCAACCAAAAAAAAGAUGUCCAUAAUGAAGAAAAGGGCGGAUGAACUGCUGCCAAGUAUGUAUCUAUCUUCUAGUAGGAUAGCUUUCAAUUUAAUCAGCUCUGGAAUAAGAAAAAAGAUGAGAUGAAGAAGAAGAGGGAAAGGAAAAAAGGCGCGAAACUGAAAGUAGAACAAAAAAAACAUAUGGAGAACGAGAUUUUUCAGGAGGAUUUGUCAGAGAUGGAGAGACGAAAGAGAGUGCGGCAAAUAUUAGAAUCAAAAUCAUUUUGCGAUGAGCUCGAACAUAUGAUACGUCAGGUCUGAGUUUCGACUUCCGUUCUUCUCAUUUUUUAUCUAGGUUUUUUUCUUGCCUCGCGCCAAAAAUAUAAUCAUCAUAGCAACCCUUUUUUCAUAGUUACCUCUUACUUUUUUAAUUUGCAGAUUUAAUGGAAGAAUAUAUAAUCUGGUUAUUUUUAGGAUUGUGAUACUUCACAAAAAGAUCCAGAUCGAUUGCAGAAAGUUCAAAAAUUGAGCGAGUUGACUAAUUUGAAAAGUGUCAUGUCUUUUGCAAAUUUGCAUAAUCAAGGUGAGUUGUUCAUUGAAUAGUUUUAAUUUUAAUAACAGAAUAUUUUUCAAACACUCAUAAUACUCUUUGUUGAAUUUUAAUUCAACAAAGAGUAUUAUGAGUAUUAAAAGGCAAUUACUGAAUGGGAACUUCUUAAAGGGAACAGUUCCCAUUUUUAUGGGAACAAAAAAUGGGAACCGUUCCCUUUUUUAUGGGAACAUAUUUGCAUUAUAUUUUCUGUCUUAAUGGGAACCAAAAAUUGUACUGUUAUUUGGCUUAAUGGGAACACGAAUAUGUCAUGCUUUAUGGGAACCAAAUAAUAAUUGAGUAGAUGGGAACUUUUUUCGAAAAAUUAUUUUUGAUUUUUUUCCAAUAUUAAUUAGAGGUACGAUUUUUUAAUAUUAAUUAUGGAAGUUGGAAUUAAUUCAGAUAAUUUUAAUUCACAUUUUUUGUAAAAAUUCGUUUUUUUCAUAAUAUUUUUUCUGAAAAAGACAUAAGUCCCAAAGUGUGUCAUAUAUCAACAGUUGUUUUCUAAAGCGGAUUGUUAAAAAUUUUACGUCUAGAGGUAUUCUAAUCUUUGGAAGAUUUUUUAUAUCAAUAAUAAUGAUAAGAUUUGAUUACAAACCAAUUUUGAUUAUAAAAAAGAUUUUCAAAUAACUUUAUUCUUUCGUUUAGAGUAAACUUCGAGUUUUCGGAAAAUUUCGUUCACAGAUUUACCUGAAAAUAAUUGUUCAAAUAGAUAAAUGCACAUGUUUUUCCUGAAUUAUUUCUGACGGGUACGAGAUUUCCCAAAACAUGCAUCUCGGUCUCUUCAAAAUUCGUGCACUUUUUCUCGUUUGACGCGGUUUUUUUAGCACCAAGGUGCGAAAAUUUUUGACGGGUGUCAAAAAUCUGAUCAAAAUUUUCGAUAUAUUUCGAAUUUCUAAGAAGUGGUCCGAUUUUUAACAGAACUAAAACUUCGCAUUGAGUUGUUCAUUUCAAAUUUGGAUAUUGCAAUUUUCUGGUCGAGAUUUUUGGCACAUACAUUUGAAAAAUGUGUUUUGAAAUUUUGUAGAAAAAAUGUUUUGAAAAUAUUUGAAAAGUGUGUGAAUUAAAAUUAUCUGAAUUAAUUCCAACUUCCAUAAUUAAUAUUAAAAAAUCGUACCUCUAAUUAAUAUUGGAAAAAAAUCAAAAAUAAUUUUUCGAAAAAAGUUCCCAUCUACUCAAUUAUUAUUUGGUUCCCAUAAAGCAUGACAUAUUCGUGUUCCCAUUAAGCCAAAUAACAGUACAAUUUUUGGUUCCCAUUAAGACAGAAAAUAUAAUGCAAAUAUGUUCCCAUUUUUAGUUCCCAUAAGAAUGGGAACCGUUCCCUUUAAGAAGUUCCCAUUCAGUAAUUGCCUAUUAAAAUAAUAAUUUCGUUUCUGAAAUCCAUUUUAAUAAUUGAAAAAAAUUCAAAUGAAACGUUUUCAUUUUCAGGAAAUAUAAUUGGAAUUGCCGAUAUUAAGAACAAUGAUAAGUAUUCAAAAAUCGAAAGGAAUCAGCGAAACAAACUGGCUAGUUUAUUUCGCAUUGCGGAACUAUUUCAAUGGGCUCAAGGAAUCAAUAAUGAAAUUACUGUAAGUGGUGACAAAAGUCUUCCCUCUAGGUUUAAUUUGUUUUCCAGUUCCGAAUGCGAACAUCUUCAAGCAAUGAUAAAUUUGAGUAUUUGAUGAAUCCCUAUGGGUUACUGUAUCAAGAAAUAACAGCGGGUUCAUUGAUCAAACUUGAUGAAGAAGGAAUUGUUUUAGAUGGAGGAAUUCUCAACGCAGAUGUUAAUUUUGUAAGAAAUAUGUAUGUAUUUAUAGCAUUCUUAAUCUUUUUUUUUUAGAAUUCAUUCCUCACCCAUACAAAAAUCUACAACUCAAAUAAUUCUAUAAAAUGUAUACUGCAUAUGCAUACUGCUGUUGUAGCUGCAGUUUCGAGCAUGAAAUGCGGUUUGAUUCCACUUUGUCAAGAAGCUAUGAUUAUUGGACCAAUUGCAUAUUGUGAUUUCGAGGUAUUAAAACAAUUUGUUUUGCAGUUAAGGAUUAUCUAAUCAUAUUUUACAGCCUGAUGAAUCAGAUGGCCAACUCAAUGAUAGAAUAGCAACGUUGCUCACAGAUAAAAAUGUAAUAUUUCUUCGUAAUCGUGGUUUCAUUGUUGCCGGUGAAUCUGUUGAACACGUAGCUUUUCUCACAAAUAAUGUGAUAAUUGCAUGUGAAACACAAGUUCGUGCAGCUCGCGUUGGACUCGAGAAUCUUGUUAUUCCAAAUGAAUCGCAAAUUCAGAAAACUUAUAGAAAUUCAAGGAAUAUGAGUGAGUUUUUUUUACUAAUGAUAACCUCGAUAUAAAUGGAUUUUCAGCCAAUUCUUUGCGACGAAAUGAGAAAAUUGAAUACAAUAUAGGAGAUAUUGAAUGGGAAUCUUGGAUGAGAGUUUUAGAUCAUGCUAAUUAUAAAACCGGUCAUAUUUAUCGACAACCACAACUUCGCUCAAAAUCAGCAAUGGCUGGACAGUCAAAUGUUAAUAAUAAUGAUGUUGCAUUACCACCUUCCGCUUCUGCAUACGGACAGGUAACAGAUUUUGGGAAACAUUGAGUUAAUUAUAAAGGACCUGACAGGAACAAAACUUUUUUACAAACUUGUUCUGACAUAGAGCUAAAAUAGAAAGGUUUUCUGAAAGUAUUAUCCUACCAAAUUGAAUAAUUAUAUUUUUCUUCUCAUUCUGCAGUUUACCUCAAUUGUAUAAUUUUUAGAUUGAUGAGACUGAUUCUGAAAGUGUCACUUCACAUCGUCUAUCAAUGUUGCGUAAAGAACAAGAAAGAGUGAAAUGGUUGAACAGCCCAAACGCUUAUCAAAAAGUUGAAUUUCUUGAAUAUGGUGCAGAUAAUCCGAAAAAAAUCACCAAGUGGGUACAAGACACAAAUUCGCCAUCAGCAAGUGGAACACCAGUCAAAAUUAACAGUGUUCAUCAAUUCAGUCCAGCAUCUAAAAAUCCAAAAGAAUUCAAGGAGAAACAACGAACUAUUAAAGAAAAUCGACGACUUGGCACAACUACAGCCGGUCCACAAAGUCAGAUAUUUGAGAGUAACACAUUUGAUGAUAUUUCGUUGAUUGUUAAGGUAUACUUUGUUUUUAAUUCAUUAAACAUAUUGUUUUCUUCAGACAUCAAGCAGCAAUGGUGAAAACUUUGGGCAAAGUACCACAAAUGAUAGAGCUAUUCUGAUUGGAACAGCCAGCAAAGGAAUUAUUGAUCGACAAUAUCAACAUCAUGCACAAGUAUAUCAACAGAUAUAUGCACCAAAUCCUUUUUCGAUUGAAACUGAUGAAGAUAUUCGGAGAUAUAUGGAAUAUGUGAGUAAAAUCAAAGAUUUUCAGAAAAAUAUCAUUAUUUGGAUUUUUUCACAGAGUUUUCUAAUAAAAACACUAUUUUCAUUAGUUGAAAAAUCUUUUUUGGAAACGGAAACAUUGAAAAUUAACGUUUUUCAGGUUUCGAGACAAGCAGAAAAACCACCAGUUGAUUUCAGUAUUUACGCUGAUUGUGAAGGAGGUUAGGCAUUCGCCAAGAUAUAUAUUUUAUCAAUCAUUUGAUAUUUUUAGAUACUGUAUCUCUGAUGCAAGGUGUUCGUGAACAUAAAUUGAAUCAACUCAGUGCUUCUGAUGAUCAAAUUGAUAAACAAGAUUUAGUUAUAAAAAACGGUAAACAUUUUGAUGUUCAUUCUUGUCUGGUUGCAUCCUAUCAUUAAUUUCGCUAUUCUCUUUUCACUUCUGUUCUAUUUUCAGCACAUGUUUCACAAGAAAGCAUUGUCGACACUUCGCUAAUGAGUAAUUCAGUUGUCCUAGAUUGUAGGUUUUGUCUUUUCAGACUCAAUUUUUUGAGUGUAACGGAAAAUGCAUGUAUGAAUACUCUUUUCUAGAUUUUCCGUCACCAGCAAUUUCACCAAUUAUGGACACCGAAAGUAGUAGUGAAGGUAUGCAUGAUUAUGAUUCACUCAUUUUUUGUUUGCAAAAAUAGAAAAAUUUUUAAAUUUUACUAACAAAUGCUUACUCACCAAGCUUUUAUAGGUGCAACAACUAGUCGAUCUUUUACUGCUGGAACUGAUGAUCUGGUAUGUUUUUUAUAACAAUUUGAAAAAGAUUUAUUGAAAAAGUUUUAUUUUCAGGUUGGCAAAAAGGAUGUGACAAAGAAAAAGAAGAAGGGAUUUUUGUCAUUUAUUCGAAAAAAGGAUAAAGCAUCAACAUCAUCUUAA